UACCCGCGACGUGAUGUGAACAGGUGCGCAAAUUUAAUAAAAUAAUGAGAACAAAUCUUUUAGUCAUUGUUGCGAUCUAAAAGCAUAAAAAUCUUUGCAAAUUUUACAAAUAUUCCACUAAGAUAUCCGUAUAAUAAUAUUAAGUAUUAAAAAAUGAGCAAUGCGAACGACACAACUGCCAAUGAUAAUACAGAUUGUGGUCUACGAACAUUGGGUUGGUGCCGAGGUGAGUCAUGUCAAAGACAUGCCCGCCUCAAAACUUUCGUUACUGUUUUGGCUUGCACUGGCUUCUUGCAAGGUAUCUGCGAGACCUACUUUCGCAUAUCAGCGAAGCAAGCAGCCGCAGAAAUUGGUUAUAAUGCCCUGUUAGUGGAAUGGCUACUAAUAAGCAGCGGUAUAUUCCAGGCUGUCUUCGCUACUAUCUAUGCCUAUUGGGCUCAUCGUUUGCAUCCAAUAAGUUGGCUAAGCGGAACUAUUAUAUUGCAAGCUAUGACUUGCGUGAUAGCUGUAAUACCGCCAAUAAUUAAUUUUUCUCAGAAUACUGCAAAUGAAACUCCAGCACUUGGAAAUGAUUUAUGUAUUUCGUAUUGGCCGCAGAAAAUGCAACAGUUUUCGCUAAUAUCGCAACAAAGUCGUUAUCUAAACUUGAUUAUGUUGUUUAUUUUGCAAUUAUUCUUGGGCUUAUCAUCCCUGGCGUUCUAUACUAUCGGAUUAACUUAUAUUGAUGAUAAUUCGAAAGUCUUUGAUAGUCCUGCAAUGAUUGGUAUUACUCUGGCUGCUAAAUUUUUUGGUUUAGAAAGCGGUUCUUUGCUGACUUUAAGCGUGGAUGCGGCAAAUCUAGGAUGGUGGUUGGGUUGGAUUAUUAUAGCACCUGCAGUCUGUAUUAGUGGCAUACUUUUGGCUCUAUUUCCUAGAAAAUUACCGCGUGAUGUACAUAAACUUGAUAGCGGAAAUAAUGUGGAUAACAACAGUGAAAAUGAACCAGAAUCUAUCCCAUUUAUUGAUGAUCCAGAUUACGGGGCAUCAAUGAAACGCUUAUUUGGCAAUAAAUUGCUUAUGUUUAAUGUUGCAAGUCUCAUGUUUAUAAAAGGGGCAACAAUAAAUUACGCUUUACAAGAAGAGAAGUAUUUGCAGUCAAGAUUCUUCUUAGCCUACAGCGAAGAAAACGGUUUAGCACAAGAAAUAAGGGCACGUUUCGUAUUGCUGUUUGUUAAAUCACCGGCGGCAGCGAUUAGUAUGAUUAUCGGUGGUUUAAUUAUAUCAAAAAUGAAAUUAACCUCUAGGAAAGUUGCUGCUCUGAAUAUAAGCAUGAGUGUAAAAUUGUUGAUAAUAUUUAUUGCUUUCGUGUUUAUAAAAUGUAACGUAGGUCCUAUAGCCGGCAUAACUAACGGUAAACUUCAGCAACCCUAUUGCUCGAGACAAUGCCUUUGCACUCCCACUACAUUUUUUCCGGUCUGUCCAGAAAACUCUACAGUUACUUACUUUUCGCCCUGCUACGCAGGUUGCACUCAAAAGUCCACUAUAGGCAGUAUAGAGAUUUAUGAAGGCUGCAGUUGUGGCGGAACCGACAACUAUGAUAUGAAUAUUGACCAUUCGCUGAGGGCAACUGAAGGAGCUUGCAGCGCCGAACGAUGUGAUAAAAUGUUGGUGAUCUUUCAAGUAUUGAGCGUUUCAAUGGCCGUAAUAUUUGGCAUGACAACUAUUGGCAAAAUUAUUAUCACCCUGCGUAGCGUCUUGCCACAGGAUAAAGGCAUAGCAUUGGCUGUUGAAAUAACUUUCGUCGGCUUAUUCGCGUUUAUACCUGCUCAUCUAGCUUACGAUUUAGUAACACGUACCACUUGCCUAUACUGGGCUCCCCAUUACGCUCGUUGCUUGUUACAUGAGACACCGAAACAUGGCAACAUUUUAAAUAUUUUAUCGGCUUCUCUUAUUGCCAUCGGCAUUUUAUUUGAUAUUUUGGUUUACUUGUAUCUAAAAGCCAUACCUGUUGCUGAGGAGCGGAGCAUUGCAAAAACUGUUACGGCCAGUAGUACUAUUAGUCCUACUGCAACUCUAUCUACAACUCUAUCUGGUACGUCAACAGUGCAACCAGCCGUUCGAUCCGAACCAAAUCCAGAAAUUACAGUUUUCCGUCAAACUAGCUCUGUAACGGAUUCCACGACUGGUGAUAAUAAUAGCAUCGUAGAAGUUUCAUCGUCUGGCGUUACUUACGCUCAGAUUGUGUUUCCUUCCAAAUCACGUAAUUCGGACAAAGAUCCCCAACGUUUUGCGGUACGGGCCGAUGUACCUUUGCAUUAUUUAACCAUUGAUGACGUUCGCUCUCCAAUGGACAAUCUACAAUCCUUCAAUCCUAAUCGUACGCAAGUUCGGAACAAGGAAAAAGAAAUUAAUAGCAGCGCAGUUAAUAAUUCGUUAAUUACUGAAAGGAAAAAUUCCUCCAAGGCAUUGGAAACGGAUAUCGAUGCCAUCAGACCUCAAAGUCCCGAGACUGAAUUGUAA